AUCCUCAUUUUCAUCCAGUGCUAAAAAUCUUAAAUGUGAUGGUGCCAGUAACUGUUAUGAUUUGGGUGAGGAUCUUUAUUUUGCAAUUUUUAGCUGUUUUGUAAGUAAAUGAUUAACAGCUGGCUGAAAAAUGCGUCAAAACCAUGUGAAGAUGUCCAGAUAACCGUAGUCAGUGUUUAAGAAGAAGUACAAGACAUUAAGAAAUGAAGGCGUAAGAGAAAUGAAAGUGUGGUUGUAGGUUUAGAUAAACCAGGAACAAACACUUGAAGGACACACACUUGGAGACAGAUCAGAAGCCAUAGUAUUUACAGAUACAGACCCAUCGUCUGAUUAAUACAUUUUUACAAUUUACGACCAGACCCACUGCUCCUGAGUAGACCUGAACACUAUGGGAGACUGGGGAUUUCUCUCGACUUUGCUGGAUAAAGUGCAGGCUCACUCCACUGUCAUUGGCAAGAUCUGGAUGAGCGUCCUCUUCAUCUUCAGGAUCCUCGUUCUGGGUGCAGGAGUUGAGAACGUGUGGGGAGACGAGCGAUCUGAUUUGGUUUGUAACACCAUGACACCGGGUUGUGAGAACGUUUGCUACGACUGGAAGUUUCCCAUCUCCCACGUCCGCUUUUGGGUCAUGCAGAUCAUCUUCGUGUCCACUCCCACCCUGCUGUAUCUCGGCCACGCUGUCCACAUCAUCCAUCAGGAGGACAAGAUUAGGGAGAUGUGCAAAAAAACCCAGUUAGCAAUAACCCCAAAAUACACCAAUGAACAUGGCAAAGUUCAAAUCAAGGGCAGGUUGUUGUGUAGCUACUUGACUCAACUGUUUUUCAAAAUCAUCCUGGAAGUUGCUUUCAUCGUUGGACAGUAUUACCUGUAUGGUUUCGUAAUGAUCCCUCAAUUCCUAUGUUCCAAAUCCCCCUGUCCACUGACAGUACAGUGUUUUAUGUCCAGACCCACAGAAAAGACCAUCUUCAUUAUAUUCAUGCUCGUAGUUGCAUGUGUUUCCUUGGCUUUAAACGUGCUAGAAGUGUGCUAUUUGUUUUGCUGUAAGGUAGGAAGACGGAGAAAAUCUAAAAGAGCUGUAUAUUACAACGCAACAGGCAAUGGUCUACCUUUAGGUGCGAUAAGCCAUGAAGCUGUAGAGAGCAUUAAGCAGAAUGGCAUGAAUGGAGUCAUCGAGAAGCACUGGGCACACAGGAGCCAGACUGCUGCUGAAGAAAUACAAAUGUAAAUUCUUUCUAAUCUAUAUCCAAUCAAGUUCAAAUGGACUCCAAACGAUUUCUGGAUAUAUCUUGAAAAUCUUUCCGCUGCUCCCGUUAGGGGUCUCCACAGCGGAUCGUCCGUCUAUAAAACUUAAAUACGUGUAUGUGCAAUGUCCUACAGAGGUUGAAUUGGGUCAGUGAUGUUAUUUGCAUUAGAAAAGGUGUGUGUAUGUGUGUUAUAUAUGUGUGUUUGUGUUUGCAGGUAGUCUGUAGUCUAUGAUGUCAUUAUAUUAAGUGUUUGCCCAAUGGCCUGUGGGUAAAACUACUUUUUCAUUUUUGAAUUUGUGAAAAGGCUUUUCCGGGGGUUACAAUUUUGUUUGAUGAUGAUGGUAACUGCAAAAAUCAACCCACAACACAAUAAAAAAAGUGUUUAUCAAUUAAAGAGGUCCUCGAAUGAUUUCUAAAAUAACUGACAAAGCGUAAAAUAGUUAUGACUUAAUAAUUAAAUAAUAGUUGUGACUUAAUAAUAAAUAAUUGUCAGUGUAUUUCAUAUGUAUUUGUAUAUGAUUACAGAAUUGCUGUGCAGUUGUCUGAACACAAAAAACACCUUGAAACUCUUUAGAUACAUGUGCAAUACUAUAUGUGAAAUUUGACGUUAUAAUAAUUAUAACAAACAUUAAUAAAACGAUUCCAAACCUCUAAACCUU